AGUUUAACAACGAAAUCUUUGAUUUAGUCGCUUUUAGUUGGAAUAAAAAAAUAACUAUGAAAACUCUUGUCGAAGAAAACAGAGUAUAUUGACGGGGAUUAGGGUUUUUGGUCCUAAAUUGUAAUCCUAACAAGAAACGCAAAUGAAAUGAAUGGCUGUUUGUUUUUGAAUUUGAAUUACUACAAAUCAGUAACGAAUGCCGCAGCAAACUACGAGGAGCAUGGCGACGCAGCUGAGCGAUGUUGAUUACAUCACCACCUUGCAAGCCAGGGUCAAGGAAUUAGAAGCUGAGAAUGCAAAUCUUUUAUCUCGACUUGCUCAUUGCCAGUGCUCCGAGGUUGGUAAAAAAGUAUAUGCUCCCGAUGAUAAAACAGCGGAGGUGACAGAACCGAAAAUAUCCAACGGGAAAUCAGAAGAGACGACAAAGAAAAAGCCAGGCUAUAAAACAAGAUAUUUGAGUCAUCAUAGCAAAAGAUAUGUAGCUUUAAAAGUUAUGUAUUUUGGUAAAAGGUUCUAUGGUUUUUCUUCAGAAGCACAAAUGGAACCAUCUGUUGAGUCUGAACUUUUUAAAGCUCUUGAGACAACAAGGCUAUUGGUUGGUGAUAAGAAGGAGUCACAAUAUUCACGAUGUGGUAGAACAGACAAAGGGGUAUCCUCUGUUGGUCAAGUGAUAGCUCUUUUUCUAAGAUCAAAGCUCAAAAUAUCUGGAGUAAAUAAUGGAAGUUCUGGAGAAUUUGUUUCUGAAGAGCAACUUGAAGGGGAACUUGAUUAUGUGAGGGUGAUAAAUCGAGAACUUCCAAGUGACAUUCGAAUUCUUGGCUGGUGUCCUGUUCCUGUUGAUUUCCAUGCAAGGUUCAGCUGUUCAGGCAGGGAGUAUAGAUAUUUCUUUUGGAAAGAAAAUUUGAAUAUCUUGGCUAUGGAGAAUGCUGGAACAAAACUAGUAGGAGAACAUGACUUUAGAAACUUCUGUAAAAUGGAUGCAGCAAAUGUGCACACCUACAUGCGGCGUAUCACAAUGUUUGAGAUUUAUGCCACAGAUGUGAGGUAUGAGGAUAAUCAGCUUUGGGUGAUUAAAAUCAGAGGUCGUGCUUUUCUAUGGCAUCAGGUUCGCUGCAUGGUUGCUGUUCUCUUCUCGAUUGGCAAAGGUCUUGAAUCUCCAGAUGUGAUUGACAUGUUACUGGACACCAACAGGAUCCCCAGAAAACCUCAGUACGUUAUGGCUUCAGAGGCUCCUUUGGUUCUUCAGUCCUGUGAAUUUGAAGAUCUCAAGUUUAUAUGUUCAUCAGAUUCGGGAAAAGCGCUGCAUGCACACUUGGUUAAUGAAUGCAAAAUUUUCCAGCUUCAAACUGCAAUCUUUCACGAAGCUAUUCUUAAUUGUGUGCCUCUAUUACAUGAUCAAAGCUUGCCACCAAUUCAAGAAUCCAAGCCACCAAUUCAAGGAUCCAAGAAGAAAGGCUCCUAUAUCCCUCUCAUGUCACGACCAACUGAGCCAUCUUAUGAAGAAAGACGAGCCAAACUCAGCUCAUGCACAUGAAUAUUUCACUGGUCAACUCCAUUACAUAGAUAAAGAGGUUGUAUUAUUAAAUGAUACUACCUCCGGUCCUAUUUAUAAGAAAAAGUUAACUUUUUAGAUUCAUUCAAUAAUUGAUGUACCUAGCUUAGAAAUAGACCAAAUACAUCAACUAUUUAAUGAAUCAAAAAAGUAAAUUGUUUCUUAUAUAUAGGACCGGAGGGAGUAACUUUUUAUUUGAUUCUAUUCGGGGUUUGGUUUUUGAUAUGGUAGCCUUGUUUCUGAGGUAUUCAAGCCCCCAACAGAUGACAAUUGUGCAGCCAGACAAUUGCUGUGCAGACGAAGAUAUGAGGGCUCAAAUCUGUGAUUGUAUCAUUCUUUGUAUACUAGUCACUAGAUCAAAUUAUCUUUUUUGCUAUAACAACUUAAUACAAUAUUUUUUGGGUCGUUGAUUUUUUUUUGCAUGUCAACGUAUCAAAUAAUGCUGCUUUAAAGAUA